GGUGGACUUUGAACCGGCAGGCAGAUGGGUGUGGAGACAGGUAAGGUAAGCCAUUUGCAUUCCAGGAAGAGAGAUCUCUGACUACAGACAUGGCUAAAUUCCUGUCAGGAACUCAGAUCAACGAGUUCAAGGAAUGUUUCUCCUUGUAUGACAAGAAGCGCAAGGGGAAGAUUGAAGCCAAGGACCUGAUCACAGUUAUGCGCUGUCUGGGGACGAGUCCCACCUUCGGUGAGAUCGACCGACACCUGCAGGUCCACAAGAUAGAAAAGAAGGGCGAGCUUGACUUCUCCACCUUCCUGACCAUGAUGCACCGGCAGAUCCAGCAGGAGGACCCCAAGGCGGAGAUCCUGGAGGCCAUGAGGAUGACGGACAAGCAGAAGAAGGGCUACAUCCUGGCCUCGGAGCUCCGGGCCAAGCUCACCAAGCUAGGAGAGAAGCUGACUGAUAAAGAAGUGGACGAGCUGUUCAGAGAAGCCAACGUGAAGUCUAAUGGCAACGUGCACUACGAGGAGUUCACCAGGAUGGUGACACUACCGUCAGUGGAUUACUGAGGGACAGGAGGAGAUGACGUCCUUUAUGACAGGGAAGCAUGGUCAUGGAAGGGACCUGGUUAUGCAUGCACUGAGCAUUACCCAACCACCUGCAUGCACUGAGCAUUACCCAACCACCUGCAUGCACUUAGCAUUACCCAACCACCUGCAUGCACUGAGCAUUACCCAACCACCUGCAUGCACUGAGCAUUACCCAACCACCUGCAUGCACUUAAUUUAUUGAUCAUCUAGGUUUGUGUCUAUUGUACGCUACUUUCUAUCAUUCAUACAAGUGCAUUUGAUAAAUUAAAUGGAUGUCUUUUUAUUUUAUUUUAAUUGAGGGGUUUUAUUUGACUUGCUGCAGGAAGAGAAGCUGCAGGAAGAGUGUCUGCUGCAUGUGCAAUAUGUAAUGGACAUUCAAAUAAACUAAUUCAACUAAAAUA